GAUAGAUAGAUAGAUAGAUAGAUAGAUAGAUAGAUAGAUAGAUAGCACCUGUAUCUUGGAAAAUCGUUGGCCAAUAGCAGCUGCUCUUAAAUCCCGAGCUGCGCCUGUGACGCAAACAUGCACAGACUCUAGCGCUGUGGGCGGGGCAUCAGAGACUCCAGAGCUGUGGGCGGAGCUUGACAGAGCGAGUUGUGGAUCUACGGCGCGCGGCGACUGAUGCCAACUUGGAGUUGAUGCUCACCAGUUCAGAGCAUGGAUAUGUAUGACAAAUCUAUUUUGGUGCCCACCUGGUAGCUUGAAUCUUCAGUGACUGAUAAAACCAGGAUGAGAGAAGACACACGGAGACAUCAAAACCAGAUGGCUUUUCGAGUACACCUAGUUUGUUGGAAUACUCGCUUUUUGCACCCCUGAGGAAUAAAGCCUGUUUAUGGGACAAUCUGGAUAUUUUUCCUGAAGAUUUUGCUUGUUUCUUUGCCAUAUUUCGGUGUUCUUUAGAAAGAAGAACAUGGCCAGAAACUCAUUUCGUGGGUCUAAGUACAGGGCGGAGGUCAAUCAUGAUAGAGAUUUUGGCUGCACCCUUAAAGAGCUACGCUCUCUUAUGGAACUCAGAGGGACAGAUGGAUUACAGAGAAUUCAGGAAUGCUAUGGAGAUGUUCAGGGACUCUGCUCCAGGUUAAAAUCAUCAGCAACAGAGGGUCUAAGUGGUCAUUCUGAUGACAUUGCGAGAAGAAAAGACGACUUUGGAAAGAAUUUUAUACCUCCUAAAAAGCCAAAGACUUUCCUUCAGUUAGUAUGGGAAGCAUUGCAGGAUGUAACUCUAAUUAUUUUGGAAGUUGCAGCCAUAAUAUCUUUAGGCCUUUCCUUCUAUAAACCUCCUGAAACAGAGAGAGAACACUGUGGUAGGGCAGCUGGAGGACUUGAAGAUGAAGGAGAAGCAGAAGCGGGCUGGAUCGAGGGUGCCGCCAUCCUGUUGUCCGUCGUCUGCGUGGUACUCGUGACAGCGUUUAAUGACUGGAGCAAAGAGAAGCAGUUUCGCGGGCUACAGAGCCGCAUUGAACAGGAGCAGAGGUUCACCGUGGUUCGAGCCGGGCAGGUCGUUCAGAUUCCGGUAGCUGAGAUUGUUGUUGGAGACAUCGCCCAAGUUAAAUAUGGUGACCUCCUUCCUGCAGACGGUGUGUUAAUCCAAGGCAAUGAUCUAAAGAUUGACGAGAGUUCGCUUACCGGAGAAUCUGACCAUGUCAAAAAAACUCUGGAGAAAGACCCUAUGCUUCUUUCAGGCACACAUGUAAUGGAGGGCUCUGGCAAGAUGCUGGUGACUGCAGUGGGCAUCAACUCUCAGACUGGCAUCAUCUUCACUCUGCUUGGAGGAGGGGGAGAUGAGGACAGUGAGAAUAAAAAAGAGGAGAAAGAGAGGAAAAAGAGGGAGAAAGAAGAGAAGAAGAAAGAACAGGAGAGGAAAAAGAAGGAAAAGAAAGAGAAAAAGAAAAACAAAAAGCAUGAGGAAACAGAAAGAAAGAAAGAUAAGGAUGGAGGCAGGGUGGAGAUGGACCCCCUUCACAGCGACGAUGAAAGUGAAGAUGAAUUGAAAAAAAACAAGAUACCAAAGAAAGAGAAAUCAGUACUUCAAGGAAAGCUUACCAAACUAGCCGUACAAAUUGGAAAAGCAGGUCUCUUUAUGUCAGCCAUCACGGUCAUCAUUCUUAUAGUUCUCUUUCUGGUGGACACCUUUUGGAUCCAAGGGCUUCCCUGGAUCAAAGACUGUACUCCCAUUUACAUCCAGUUUUUCGUCAAGUUCUUCAUUAUUGGUGUCACUGUGCUGGUCGUUGCCGUGCCCGAGGGUCUCCCACUUGCUGUUACCAUCUCAUUGGCUUAUUCUGUAAAAAAAAUGAUGAAGGACAACAACCUGGUGAGACAUUUGGACGCUUGUGAGACAAUGGGCAAUGCCACUGCGAUUUGCUCUGAUAAAACAGGCACUUUAACCAUGAACAGAAUGAAAGUGGUUCAGGUGUAUAUCGCAGACAGACACUACAAGAAGAUUCCAGAACCUGAUCUGAUUCCAGGCAGAGUCAUGAACCUGCUCAUCACAGGCAUCGGUGUUAACUGUGCAUACACUUCCAAAAUCAUGCCUCCUGAGAAAGACGGCGGUCUGGCCCGUCAAGUCGGGAACAAAACCGAAUGUGCCUUGCUGGGUUUUUCCCUUGACUUAAGAAAAGAUUACCAAACUAUUCGCAAUGAGUAUCCUGAGGAAAAACUGUACAAAGUGUACACCUUCAACUCGGUCAGGAAAUCUAUGAGCACAGUCUUGAAAAACUCUGACGGAAGUUAUCGUAUGUUCAGCAAAGGAGCUUCAGAAAUCCUUCUGAAAAAGUGUUGUCAAAUCUUGUCAACCAAUGGUGAAGCCAAAGCCUUCAAGCCCAGGGAUCGAGAGGACAUUGUAAAAAACGUGAUCGAGCCCAUGGCUUCAGAGGGCUUGAGGACCAUCUGCUUGGCUUACAGGGACUUUCCUCUCUCAGAUGGGGAACCUGACUGGGACAAUGAGACAGAUAUCUUGACCGGACUCACUUGCAUUUGUGUAGUGGGCAUUGAGGAUCCUGUUCGACCAGAGGUCCCAGAUGCUAUUAAGAAGUGCCAGCGAGCAGGCAUCACGGUGCGCAUGGUCACCGGGGACAAUAUCAACACAGCCCGAGCCAUUGCAACCAAAUGUGGCAUACUCCAUCCCAGUGACGACUUCCUGUGUAUUGAGGGCAAAGAGUUCAACAGGCGGAUACGCAAUGAACUGGGAGAGAUCGAGCAAGAACGCAUAGACAAAAUCUGGCCAAAGUUACGAGUGCUUGCAAGAUCUUCCCCGACCGAUAAGCACACACUGGUGAAAGGUAUAAUCGACAGCACCAUUGUUGAACAAAGACAAGUAGUCGCCGUCACAGGAGACGGAACCAACGAUGGCCCUGCUUUGAAAAAAGCAGAUGUCGGAUUUGCAAUGGGUAUUGCUGGUACAGAUGUGGCCAAAGAAGCAUCAGACAUUAUCUUGACAGAUGAUAACUUCACCAGCAUUGUGAAAGCUGUGAUGUGGGGGAGAAAUGUCUACGAUAGUAUCUCUAAGUUUCUUCAGUUUCAGCUAACGGUCAACGUUGUGGCUGUCAUCGUGGCAUUUACUGGAGCUUGUAUCACACAGGACUCCCCACUCAAAGCUGUGCAGAUGCUGUGGGUGAAUUUAAUCAUGGACACGUUUGCGUCGCUGGCAUUAGCGACGGAGCCUCCCACCGAAGCUUUGCUCUUACGGAAACCUUACGGUCGCAACAAGCCCCUCAUUUCCCGAACCAUGAUGAAGAACAUCCUUGGAAAUGCCGUUUAUCAGCUCACCAUCAUCUUCACCCUGCUGUUUGCUGGUGAGCAGAUAUUUGACGUUGACAGUGGUAGGAACACACCUCUGCACGCUGCUCCUUCGGAGCACUACACCAUCCUCUUUAACACCUUUGUGAUGAUGCAGCUCUUCAACGAGAUUAACGCUCGGAAGAUUCACGGAGAGAGGAACGUUUUCGAGGGGAUCUUCAAUAACUUGAUCUUCUGCACGAUUGUGUUCGGGACAUUUGUUAUCCAGAUCAUAAUUGUGCAGUUUGGAGGAAAGCCUUUUAGCUGCGUAGGUCUCAGUGUUGAACAGUGGCUCUGGUGUGUCUUCCUUGGCUUUGGUUGUCUUCUGUGGGGUCAGUUGGUUACUACUAUUCCCACAAGCAGACUGAAGUUCCUGGUGACAGCAGGUCAUGGAACACAGAAGGAAGAGAUCCCUGAGGAAGAACUGGAGGAGAUGGAAGACCUGGAUGAAAUUGAUCAUGCUGAGAUGGAGCUCAGAAGAGGACAAGUUUUGUGGUGCAGGGGUCUCAACAGAAUUCAGACACAGAUACGUGUGGUUAAUGCUUUUCGAGAUACCAUGUCACCCUACGAAGGCCUGGAGACGCCAGAGUCUCGCAGCUCCAUCCACAACUUCAUGAGCUACCCGGAAUUCCAUAUUGAGGAUUCUGUAAUAGCCAUCCCACUCAUCGAUGACACGGACCCUGAGGAUGAUGCACCUACUAAACGCAACAACGAUCCUCCCGUCCUUCAUCUGGUUUCAUCCUCAGCUAAUCAGAACAAUAAUGCCACUAAUAGCCAGGCCUACCAUCACCAUAAAGAUCUAGCAAAGACCAUCUACCCACAGGCUCCUGGAAGUCCACUUCACAGCCUAGAGACUUCACUUUAAUCCUUUACCAAACACAGGAAGACCACGUCAACAACCACAUGUAAGGGAGCAUUAUGGACAUAGGUUUUGGUCCUGUGUUAGCCUGGAGAACUGGCAAUGGUAGCAAAACUUGACACGUGUUGGUUUUGUUUGUUUUAAUUUAUUUUCUGAAAGUUGAGAAAUUGACAGUGUUAUAUCUUAAAAAACACCACAUUUAUUUUAUUUAUUACUUCCCCUAGAUCUUUUUCAAUUAAAUACUUUCAUAUGAGGUUUACUUGCUGUUGUUAUAGCUCUAUUUGUUUGCAGUUAAGGAAAUGUCUUAUUUUGGGAUUAAGAUGUAAUUGCUGCAUUAUAAAAAUACAAACACUUUUUUGAAAGUGCACUAUUUGCCUAUAAAAAUGUAUGAUUUUCUUUUUAAAGAAAGAUAGAAAUCGUUAGAAGGUCUUAAUUAUUGUAAAUUUGAGAUAUUAUGGCAUAUCUGUUACUUUUGGAUGCAGUCCUCUUAUACAGUAUAAAUAAUACAUUUCACAAAAAUUACAAAAUCACACAUGAAUUAAUGUUAUGAAAUAUUAAUACAAAUUCAUUAGAUUUACAGUAGUGCAUUUUGGAUAUAUAAGGACAUACUGUAUUAGUUCAAGGUAGCUACAAUGAAAUUUACAGUAAGCUUUAGCUUUCUAGGUUUUUUAGUGUAUUUAUCAAUUUUGGUCCACCAUAUCCCUAAAACAACAGACAACAGCACAGAAUGCCGCACAAGAUGCAACUGUAUGAAAUAGUGUGUUGAAAAUGUGUGUUUUGUUUUGGAGAUACAGUUAAAGGGGACAUUUCACAAGACUUUUUUAAGAUGUCAAAUAAGUCUUUGGUAUGCCCAGAGUGUGUAUGGGAAGUUUUAGCUCAAAGUACUUUUUAGAUAACUCAUUAUAGCAAGUGUAAAAUUGCCACUUUGUAGGUUUGUUUUGGGGUGUGUCCUUUAAAAUGCAAAUGAGUUGAUCUAUGUACUUAAUGACAGUGCCGUGGUUGGAUAGUGCAGAUUAUGGGGCAGUAUUAUCCCCAUCUGACAUCACAGGAGAGCCAAAUUUCAAUGACCUAUUUUUUCAUAUUCUUGCAGAUAAUGGUUUACCAAAACAAAGUUACUGGGUUGAUCUUUUUCACAUUUUCUAGGUUGAUAGAAGCACUGGGGACCCAAUUAUAGCACAUAGAAAAAGUCUGUUUUUGUGACAUGUCCCCUUUAAAUUAUUUCAACUGAAUUAAAGAGAGGACAUGGCCUCUUUUUGGAUGUAUACACAGUAAACAAUAUAGAGUAAGGUUAGCAAAAGAGCUGAAUAUGAAAGAGUUGAUGUGAAUUUGUUGGUCAAUUUUGUUUGUUUCUCUGUAGUUUCAUUCCUCUUUUGGGAAUGAAUAUUUUUCCAUUUGUUUAUGGAAUAUGAUUUUUUUAUUGGAAUUAAUGUCUGUUCCUCUAAGAAUAUGUAAAUAGUUAUUGUGAUUCAAUUUACAUUGUAAAGUCUUCAA